ACGGAGGCUGUCCGCCGCCCCGCCAUGGAGACCGCAAGGCAAGUGCUCUGUCUCUGUGCUUUCCUCUCCCUGCCGCACGCUCGCGCCGAGCCCAUCCGCUACUCCGUAGCCGAGGAGAGCGAGAGCGGCUCCGUGGUAGCCAACGUGGCGGAGGACGCGGGGCUGGCCCCGGCGCAGCUCUCGGCUCGCCGCGCCCGCCUGCUCUCGGAGGACGGCCGGCAGCACUUUCGCUUAGACCCGGGCAGCGGCCGCCUCGUCGUGGCCGAGAGGCUGGACCGCGAGGAGCUGUGCGGGCAGUCCGCUACCUGCACGCUGCCCUUCGAGCUCCUGCUGGCAAACCCCGUGCAGUUCUUUCGGGUGGAGGUGGCCGUGGAGGACAUCAAUGACCACGCGCCCGUUUUCCCGGAGGAGCGGGUCACUCUUAAGAUACUGGAAACGAGCAACCCUGGCUCUCGUUUUCCUCUGCAGGGGGCUCAGGACCUGGAUGUUGGCAGCAACGGCGUCCAAGCUUAUAGAAUCUCUCCGGAAAAUGAGUACUUUAGUGUUGACUUUGGUAGUCAGUCUCAGGACGCUAAAUAUAUUGAACUGGUCUUGGAAAAGCUACUCGACAGGGAGGAGCAGGCAGAGGUUGAUUUCAAUCUCAUUGCCGUGGAUGGGGGCUCUCCACCCAGGAGUGGCACCACCCAAAUUCACGUUGUCAUUCUAGAUGUAAAUGACAACGCUCCCACAUUCACACAGAAGGUUUUCAUUGCACAGGUUUUGGAAAAUGCCCCAGAGGGUUCUGUUGUUGUCAGAGUAGCAGCAACAGAUCAUGAUAUGGGAGUUAAUGGGGACAUCUCCUACCAGUUCAGCCAAGCAGGAGACCAGAGCUACUCAGCUUUUGUGAUUGACCCCAUGAGUGGUGAAAUUAAACUCACAAAGCCUCUGGACUUUGAGGCAGCAAAGAAACAUGAGCUCAGUGUUCAAGCAACAGAUGGUGGGGGCCUCUCAGCAAUCUGCAGAGUGUUGGUGGAAGUGGUGGAUGUGAAUGACAAUGCACCAGAGGUGAUAAUCAGUUCCUUCAGCAGCCCCAUCCCUGAGGACUCAUUGCCUGGGACAGUCGUUGCCCUGUUUACUGUCAGGGACCGAGAUGCUGGUGCCAAUGGGAAGAUCUCCUGUGCCCUUGAGGACCAGCUGUCAUUCUCCCUGCGGCCAGCGUAUAAGAAUUACUUUGAGCUGGUGACUGUGAGUGCACUGGACAGGGAGGAGAUGGCACGGUACAUCCUGACAGUCACAGCAGCAGACGCGGGAUCACCUCCUCUCACAACCACCCAGACCUUCACAGUGGACAUCUCUGAUGUGAAUGACAAUGCACCUGUGUUCAGCCAGACAUCAUACACCAUGUAUGUACGUGAGAACAACGUUCCCACAGUGCUAGUUGGGACCGUCAUUGCUGGAGAUGCUGAUGUGGGGCUCAAUGGCAAGGUGACCUACUCCCUGGUCCCAGCCCACUCUACAGAGCAGCCUCCCUGCUCCUGCAUCUCUGUGAACUCUGAGAAUGGAGAUGUGUUUGUGCUGCGGCCCCUGGACUACGAGCAGGUGAAGCAGAUCGAGGUCUUGGUGCGUGCCUCUGAUGCAGGGUCACCUCCUCUUAGUGCUAGUGUUGCUGUCUACAUUUCUGUGGUGGAUGAGAAUGACAAUGCCCCACUGGUGCUGUACCCCUCACAGGACAGCAGCCCUGCAUCCAGUGAGCUGGUGCCCAUUUCAGCUGAGGCAGGCUACCUCAUCACUAAAGUGGUGGCCGUUGAUGCUGACUCAGGGCAGAACUCAUGGCUCUCGUACCACCUGCUGAAGGCCUCUGAUCCUGGGCUGUUUGUGGUGGGUGCCCAAAGUGGGGAGGUGCGACUGAGGAGAUCAGUGACAGAGAGAGACACUGUGAAGCAGAAACUCGUAGUGCUAGUGCGAGACAAUGGGCAGCCACCACUGUCAGCCACUGCGGCACUGAGUGCACUCCUGCUCAGUGACUUCUCGGACGUGCGCCUACCACACAGCAGCCUGACCACAGAAGAGAAUGAAGGUGCCUCCUUGACAGUCUAUUUAAUAGUUUCCUUGGUCUUUGUCUCACUCCUCUUCCUGGUGUCCACAGCAGCCUUCGUUGUUCGAAAGGUGUGCAAGAGAAAGGAGCUAAAGAAUGGGCAUGUGCUUUAUGGUGCCAGCAACUUACAGAGCAGCCUGGCUGACGCAGCUGCUGCAGGGACCCUGCCUCAUGCCUAUUGCUAUGAGAUCAACCUCACAACGGGCUCUGGCAACAGUGAGUUCAAGUUCCUGAAGCCCAUCCUCCCCAGCCUGCCACCACAGCUUCAUGCCACAGGUGGGGGUACCAACAGUGAGCAAGAUUUCCCCUGUGGCACUCUCACUGUGGAGGAUGUGGCACCAGACAACCAUGGGAUGCGUUCUGCAGAACAGUUCAAUAGUCUAUCCUUUAACUAGCAUGGUGUUGGCACA